AUGCCGAGCUGGAGAAGUGACUCUGCCAUUAAGCUAAUUACAUACUCCGAGGAGCUUGUGGAUGGAAAACCACUCUACGCCUUUUCCAAUUCUCGUCCCGUGAAGGCUUUGAACCGUGAACCUGCUGGUCACGCCUUUCAUUCUGCUGCUCUCAAACUUCUUGGAUGUGCAGCGAAGCCUCGUUAUGCUAAAGGUAGCGAUAAGAAAGUCGGUGAUGACGAUGAUAAAGACGAGGAGUAUGUUAAUCCUUCAUUCAACCCCUUUGCCAACAAAUCAAAGAAGAAGAAAAAGAUGAGGCCUGCUGUUACACAGCAACAACAAGAAGACCACUACGCGUUGUUGGGAUUGAAAAGUUUGAGGUAUCUGGCAACAGAAGAUCAGAUAAAGAAAGGCUACCGCGAAGCUGCGUUGAAGCACCACCCUGAUAAACUCGUUAAACUCGUUCUGGCAGAGGAGACGGAAGAAGCGAAGGAGGCCAAGAAAGAUGAGAUAGAGUCUCGCUUCAGAGCGAUUCAAGAAGCUUACGAGGUGCUGAUGGAUCCAACCAAGAGGAAAAUCUUUGACUCCACUGAUGAGUUUAAUGACGUGGAGGAGGAUCUCUCUCCGCGAGAGUUUUUCAAGGUGUUUGGUUCAGCCUUUAAGAGAACUGCUAGGUUCUCGGCUGCGAGCUGUCAGCGUGUGCCGGAUUUAGGAGAUGAGAAUACGAAUCCUAAAGACGUUGAUAUAUUCUACAGCUUCUGGUUCGGUUUCAAGAGUUUGAGAAAGUUUACCGACCAAGAAAGGCAUGAUCCGGAGAAGGCAAGUUCGCGCCAGGAGCGGAGGUGGAUGGAAAGAGAGAAUGCCAAAAACAAAGAAAAGGCUAAAAAGGAGGAAAAUGUUCGAAUCCAGACUCUAGUGGAGAAUGCAUAUAGAAUGGACCCGAGGAUCGCGAAAAGAAAAGAGGAUAAGGAGCGGAAGAAGGAAGCCAAGCGUAUGGCUGAGGAGAAGCGGGAAGAGGAAGCUGCCGAGAAAGAGAAGAGAAGGAAAGAAGAAGCCGCGAAAGCUAAGGAGAAAGAGAGGAACCUCUUACGCAAAGAGCGUAACCGUUUUAGAACUCUCUCAGCUCAUGUUCUUGCUCAGCGUCUCGUCUCCAAGGAAGAUGUAGAGAAUCUAUGCAUGUCACUUAACUUCGAGCAGCUGCAGAAUCUGAACGAUACAUUGGGAAAUAAACAAGGGGUAGAGUUGGCAAAUGUGAUCAAAGAACACGAAGCCAACUCAUCUAAAGAGAAAGAAAGUGAGAAAGCGGAGCCAACUAAAUUAGAUAACACUCAGGAGAAGAAAGAAAAUGAGAAAGCGGAGCCAACUAAAUUAGAUAACACUGAGAAGAAGAAGCAAGAACAAUGGAGCAAAGAAGAGAUUGAUAAGCUGAAAAAAGGAAUUGUAAAAUAUCCAAAGGGGACAUCUCGGAGAUGGGAGGUUAUAUCAGAUUACAUAGGUACAGGGAGAUCUGUGGAGGAGAUUCUUAAAGCAACUAAGAGUGUUAUUCUCCAAAAGCCAGAUUCUGCCAAGGCGUUUGAUUCAUUCCUGGAGAAAAGGAAACCAACUGGUCCAAUAGCGUCACCUCUCUCCACGAGAGAGGAGCUCGGAGAAUCUCUACCAAUGGCAAACAAUGGUGAAGCAAGUGGGAGUUCGGAUACAGAUGGUUGGUCGAGUGUGGAAGAAAGAGCUUUGGUUCAAGCUUUGAAGACGUUUCCUAAAGAGACAAGCCAAAGAUGGGAGAGAGUAGCUGCUGCUAUUCCUGGGAAAACGGUGGUUCAGUGUAAGAAGAAGUUUACAGAGCUUAAGGAAUUCAUCAGAAGCAAGAAAAGUGGAGUAGUUUAG